ACCAGUACCAGCUCUUCCUUGUGCGACUUCCCUUCCUUUCAUAUCGUCUCCUCUACCGUUUACCCACCAUCGAUCGCCGGAUCUCUCCCCUUCCCUUCCCGGAGCACCCAGACCCAGGAGAUCGACUUCGCCGCGCCGGCUCGCCGGCGACGACAGCAACCAAAGAGUGCUGGCGUGUGAUGAAAAAAGGCAGUGCCCACCACAAGGAGACUCACGGAACCAGCGGCGACAUAAGCGAGGAAACGUCUGUGGAGUGCGUGAGGGCCCCCAAUCUGCUCGAACGCGCCAAGGAAGAGAUCGAAGCUCUCGUGUCAGCUAUCCACGGCAAGAUGGAGCACCACUCCAGUCCCCGCAGGAAGGAGGGUGAAUUGCACAAGGACUCCAAGGAAGCCAUUCAUGCAACCACGCAUAACAAGACCCAUGAGACCGAAACUCAUGGUACAAGCAAUGAUAUAAGCGAGGACACCCCAGUUGACAAAGUGAAAGGCCCCAAUGUGUUUGAACGUGCCAAGGAAGAGAUCGAGGCUAUCGUUGAGGCUAUCAUUCCGAAGAAAGGAUCUGAUAAGUGAGCAUGGAGCGCACAGAGGAGAUUGUGUCGUCAGUUGUUGUGAAAACUACAUGGGCAUCAUUUGCCAGAUGUCCACAGGAAGGCAUGUCUUCUGCAUUGCCAAACCCUGGAGUUGUAAUAGCUGAAUUCUUCAUUGUAUCGUCGCUGCUUGCUGUUGAGCAGAAGUUGUAUAAAGUGUGACAUGAUGUACAGUGCGCUGUUUUGUGUGGAUUUCCAAUAAGCUGUAUACGAAGCAUGCAUCGUCA